GAGGGCUGCCGGGCCCAGGGUUGCCUCAUAUGCCCCCACUAGCAUCUCCCACCUCCUCCUGAUGAAGCGGCCACCAUUUUGAAAGGGUUGUACCAUCUCUCCACAACUGAUGAUAAAGUAAAGUGGCUUUUUAGCUUGUGGCCAGAAGCCACAAUAUAGUCACUUUCAUGCGGGUGGGGCCGUGAAGUCCAGUGAGAUUAACUAUUUAAGAACAGCCUUCUCUGCCCGGUUUCCUCCCUCCCAGACGCCAAAAAAGGGCGCUUUCCCUUUAAAUGCAAAUUACCUCCUGCCAGCCCUGCUUCCACCAGAUCUUCCCCAGGAGGAGCACUGAGGGCCGAGGGAGGCUGCAGGGAGCAUCGUCACCCCGACCCCAAACCUCCAGGAUCUGAGGCCCAGUUGGCAUCCAAUGGAGGAGAAGAAGAAGAAGCAGAGUCCCAAGCCAUGCCUCACUCAGCCAGCCCAGAGCUCCGGCACACUGCGCAGGGUCCCUGUGCCCACCAGCCACAGUGGCUCCUUGGCCCUGGGACUCCCUCAUCUACCAUCCCCCAAACAGCGAGCCAAGUUCAGGAGGGCGGGCAAGGAGAAGUGCCGCCCAAUUCUGGCUGGAGGUGGGGGCGGCUCUGCAGGCACCCCACUGCAGCACUCCUUCCUGACGGAGGUGACAGAUGUCUAUGAAAUGGAAGGGGGCCUGCUGAACCUGCUCAAUGAUUUCCACUCAGGCCGCCUGCAGGCCUUUGGAAAAGAAUGCUCCUUUGAGCAGCUGGAGCAUGUGCGGGAGAUGCAAGAAAAGCUGGCCCGGCUGCACUUCAGCCUGGAUGUGUGUGGGGAGGAGGAAGACGAGGAGGAGGAAGAGGACGGAGUCACUGAAGGACUGCCUGAGGAGCAGAAGACGACCAUGGCUGAUCGCAACCUGGACCAGUUGCUUAGCAAUCUGGAAGACCUAAGUAAUUCUAUACAGAAGCUGCACCUGGCCGAGAACGCGGAGCCUGAAGAACAGUCAGCCGCGUAGGGGUCGGUGCCGCACCUGACCCAGAUUUCCGAUUCCCUUCAAACUGUGACUUUUUAUGCGCGCGAUUGGGGUAUUCCCCUGCCCCCCAGGUGCUAUGGGGAGAAGGGGGGCAUUGGAUGGAAUAAAACCAGAAGCAAAAUA